AGUAGUACAAACUAAUUAUUCUGACAUUCUUCAUCUGAACUCACGUUUUAUUGUUGAUUAACAACUGAAAAAAAAAAUCGAGUUAAAAAUUGUUCUCCAAUUGAAUUCUACGGAAACAAUUGUGCUCAGCAAUAUCAAUGAAUCAGACACUUGAUUAAUCAAUUGCAUAUAUUCAUUGACGACCAAUUGACUGCUGAAUCAAUCCAUCAUUGCUGAACAUUUUUAACCGGACGAUAAAAUCAUUGGGCAGUGAUUGAAAAUUUUUUUUUUUUUAAUUUCUGAUGCAUCUGAAUACUCAUUCACAUAAGUUGAAUAACUGAAGAUUAAAAAAUCCGUGAUACUGGCAUCAUUAACGCAUCACCGUGACUCUAAACAAUCUAAAUGUUGGAGUGUGCUAAUGUUGUACAGUAGCAUGCAGUUCUCGUAUCGUUACACGUGGAAUCGAGAAAUCAUUGUGAAUUCCCAAAAAUUGGUGAAAAGACGCUGACUAAGGCAUUUAAGAUUGGAUACGUACAACGGUUGAGUGGUGAAUUAUUAAAACGCCGCCGAAGUGACCUUGUACAGCACCAACCGAAGAUAACCACCGACAACGGUUAAAAUAUCCAGCGCAAGAAUCAUCGAUUGAUAAAUUUGUUAUUACUUUUUUCAUUUAUUUUCAUGAAUUACAUUUUUUUCCUCAAUUCCACGCUAAUGAGACCGAGUUUUAUUGCAUUUUGUUAGAGUAGAUCGUACAUCUAUUGGAUUUAUUGAGACGUGAGGGAUAAUGGCGAUUUGUUAUGCUGAGCCCUUCUCCGAUUGGCUGGAGGAAAAAGUCGAGUUCCUGUUUGAGGAGAUUCCGACCCCAGAAUGCAGCCAAAAGCCGAUCCCACCUUAUCCCCAGAAGCAGGAGACAACCCAGUCCCUGCUGCAGGAGUUCGAAACAGUCCUGGGGGAUGUGGAAGCCUGUCACCAAAUUUUCCCCACCAUGUCCCAACUGACCCCACCUCAGACACCACCCCACGAGAUCUCGGAAAAAUCCAUGGGUUUUGAUAGUCAGCUACUCGUUGCUCUUCAGCCAGCGAUGGUGGACUAUCAGAUGAGCAAACCCCAGGUGAUUCCAGUCACCCAAAUCCCUCAGAAGAUGGUGCCAGCAGUGGUCAAACCUGACUCCUACCUAGAACAGAUCUCUGGGGGAUGGAAUGCUGAGAACGUCUCCCUGAUGCCACUGGCCACUCAAGUAACUGGAGAUGUGGCUAAUGAACUAGCAGAAAUGGAUGAAUAUGUUCGGUCUUGCGCUGAAGAUAUGUCUCCAUCGACACCAGCAAGUUCAUGCACAAGUUCCAACAGCUACUUGUCCUCUGAAGACUCUAACGAUCCUGACUGGACGAUACCAACAACCUCGUCGGGCACUUCUGAAGGUUCUUCUGGUAAUAAACAACGUGGACAACGGAUUCACUCGAAGAGCCGAAGCAAGCCUUACUCCAGGCCCAAUAUCGAAGAUAAAAAGGUCAGAAAGAAGGAGCAGAACAAAAAUGCAGCCACUAGGUAUCGUCAGAAGAAGAAGGCGGAAAUAAAAGAGAUCAUUGGGGAGGAGCAGGAGCUGAUUGAACACAACGAGAAAUUGCAAGAUCAAGUUAAAGAGCUCGCUAGGGAGAUUGGAUACCUUAAAGGGCUCAUGAGGGAUCUCUUCAAAGCCAAGGGAUUGAUGAAUUAAUGAAUGCCUGUCUAUUGAUGUUUUGUUAGUUUGAUAAUUUGAAGAAUCUUGGCAAAAUCAAUUGACAAUUAUUUAUGAAAAUUAUUUCAUAUCGUAUUGACCCGACACGGAAUAUAUUCAUUAGUGAUAGCUCGAAAUCUAAAUGAUCUAUUUUGAAAAAGGGGUUGUCGUUUCAAGUAUUUUUUUAUCUCUAGAAUAAAGCAAAAUUAUUAUCAUUACAGUUUCGGGCGAUACAAUUUUAUUGACAAUUUACAAAUCUACAUUUUGCCUUGAUUUGUCUAUGUUCAUUCGAUACUUUUACUAUGUACUUUACUAUUUGUGUUUUUAACUGAGUUUAAGAUUUUCUUUUCGCUCUUUCUCAUCAAUGUAGAGAUUAAUCGAUUUAUUAUUUGCCCUUGGGGUUAUCUUCGGUGGAGGCUGUAGGGUCACUUGGCAGCCAUUUUAAACAACAGUCGUGAGAAGUCUAGAUAGAAGUGGGAGAAGGGAUACAUAUUAUUCGUUCUGAUAUAGUUAAGGAUAUAUUAAUGAUUUUACUCAACUGUAGUGAAUUAAUUCAUGUAGACACGUGGUAGUUUGUGGUUUUGUCAGACAGAGUGACAAUGGGACCGCUUUUCGUCAUCGUAACAUCAUCGUUUAUCUGUCAUUAUAAUUGUCAGAAGAGGUGGAUCUUUUAUUUUCCACUGGAGCAGAGUUGUUUUUGCUCCAGUGGAAUAGAGGGAUCUCUGUUAGCUGCGCGUCUCUUCAUUCCAAAUUUUAUUUUUAUGGAAUUUAUAUUUACGUUCUUCUUUCUUUUAUUUUUUCUCUAUGAAAAUAUGAUUAUGUACUCUUUGAAAUGCAAUAAAACGUUGAUUUUAUUGAA